AUGUAUCUGUACAUGCAUCCCACGCGGUGGAGCCGGCAACCCCGUUUUUUGGGUGUGUUUCGCACCUUGCCGUUAUUUACAUCGUCAAGAUUAUUUGUAACGGGAAGGGCAAAUACAAUAACGUCUAUUUCGCCGUCGUACUUUAAUCCUGCAGGUGUGGGUGCGCUUCAUCACAGCAAGCGGUUUGCAUCCACAAAGCUGGCACGUAUCUACACGAUGGAACUCAACAAGGCCCGCAGUGACUACCGGCGCACGCCUACAAGGACGCAGCAGGAAGAGUGCCUUCGCAACGUCACGGGUACACCGUUGCAUCUUAUUCAGGGGCUCGAUGGCAAAACAGUGGCACAUUGUCUUUCUACCCUGGUUGUGCUGGAAGCCCCACGAGAUUUGGCGUUGUUGCAUGACUGUGCCGUUUGGCUUUCCGUUCACCCCGAUUCAUUUUCUCCGCACUCGUUCGCACAAUCUCUGUAUUCGCUUGUUUGCCUAGAGUACCCUGACACCGCCACCGUCGUGCGGUCUGUGCAGGACCGACUCCUGGCUGCCGCGAAUGAAAUGGCGCCGAGCAGUCUCUGUAUGAUUCUUGCCUCCGUGCUGACUGCAACUGCCGGUGCCGAUUGUGUCACACAGGGUCCUGUUGAUUUGUCAAAUAAGCUUUCUGAUCGUCUGUUGCGUGUCGUGAAUGAUGGUUUGGGAUUAACAGAGAAGGUGAUGAUUGCGGUUGCUCUCGGUAAACUUUCAGGGCAAGCGUCGACAAGUAGCGUUCUCUCUAGCCAUGUCGUAUCGCAGCUCUCUGCUGCCGUGUGGGUCAGCAUCCCUGGUGCCGAGUUGGCAGUUGUCUCACUAGCGGAUCUCGUUGGGCUUCUUUCCGCCGCGCACACCGCGCCAAACUCCAUUCGGGAAGUCGUCGAAAGGGCACUUCUUGACGAGCUUAAGGUUCGUGUAGAAAAGGAACCACUGGUUUCCGCAAGGAGUGCCAUUCUCAUGGCACGUGCCCUCAAGCUUUUUUUGAAGAAUGAGAAUCCUUCUGCCAAACCAUUGUGUGGUAAAAUGCAGGUUGCCAUUGAGGCUUACAUUGGCAGUGAGGCAGCCACGCUUGAUACCGCAACAAAGUUGCUUACAGAGCUUGUGGAUAUGGAAGAAGGACCCUUUGACUCGAUCCCGUCUUCUUUACUGCGGUAUUUGGUGAAAGCCAUCAACGAAAGGCGGGAAAAGUGGAGCGCGGAAUCGGUACAUGUGGUAUUGAGGAUUUUUAACAAGAUAGACCUGUUUCGCGCCGACGCCCAAGCUCUUGCCACACAGUGCGUUGACUUUAUUCAGGCAAAAUUUACUACCGGUGCACCGGUGGAUGCGGGCGAAGUUGCGGCACUUCUUGUGGAGGGUAUUGUGGAUCCUCAUGCGGAGGUUUUGGCCUCGGUAGUUGCCGGCAACAUUAGCAGAUGGAGUGUUCCAAGUGUCUUGACAUUUUUGCGUGCUGCCUCUGAAGUAAGCGGAAAGCCAACACGGGCCAUCAUGCGUGAUGUGGCAUCGAAACUUGUCCCGUACAUUGAAAAAGCGACGGCCGCUCAGGUUGCAGCGGUGAUUUCAUCAUUUGGGCGGGCCCGUGUGCGCAACGAUGUUUUUUGUGCUGCCAUCACGAAUCGAGCUACAGCGUUGUCGUCUGAGCUGACGCUGCAUCAAGUGAGCACCAUUCUUGGAGGUCUUGCAUCUGUUGAGUACCGUGACACCAAAUUGUUUGUGGACUUGGCACCCCUGGUUAUAGCACAAGCCCCCACUGCCGAUGCCACACUAACUGCCAACUUAUUGGCGGCCUAUUCAAAGAUGCUCAUAUGGAAUUUUAGGGUAAUUUGGUCGCUUGCUGAGCGUGCCGUGGUGAUCUAUGAGCAGUUUUCCAUACCGCAAACACUGGCUGUAGUGAUGUCAUUGAACCGAAUGGACGUUCAACACCAAGAUUUAAUGAAUGCCCUGUUACAACAAGUGAUGCGUCACGCAUCAGACAACGCAAAGCUCUCGCUGACCGAGACGGUUAUGAUAUUAAGUGCCUUCUCACGAAGCGGGGUAUGGGAUGCUGUGUUUUUUGAGAAUCUUGGAAAAAGAAUUGUAAAGGACCAACAACAACUCACACCUGAUGAACUUGCAGAGACACUAAUGUCUUUUGCACGGGUUGGUCUUACGCAGUACAACAUUUUUGAAGAGCUUACAUUGCGUGCACUUGCUAUGGCUCCCGCUAGUCCGCUUAUGCCGUUGGCACAUAUAGCUGUGGCGUACGCUAUUGUGGGCUGUCGCCAUGAGGAACUGUUUUCGAUCAUUGCGGAUCGUUUUGUGAACCAAAAGGCAGAUGUACCGGCAGUCACCAUCGCGUCUUUACUCAGUGCCUUUGCCUCUAUUGGUAUUCGUAACGACCGACUCUUUAUUGAGUCCAUUCCACGUGUGCGUCAUGUGGGGCAGUACGGUACACCGAAAGACAUCACAAAUGUGGUCUACGCCUAUGCGAAGGUUGGUUUGUGGCACUACAAAUUGUUUGUGCGAUUAGCAGAUCGUGCCAUUCAAUUGCGUGGCGAAUUCCGUUGUGACCACGUUGCACGUUUGCUUGAGGCGUAUGCACGUGUGGAAAUGCGGUAUGAAAAGCUCUUUGUGGAGUUUUCUCCACGUAUCCAGACCAUUGCUCACCUUCUUACAGCUGGCGAGGUGACAAAAAUCGUUUCUGCCUACGCAAAGGUGCGUAUACCUGAUGUGGGAGUCUUUAAUGCCUGCGGUGAUCGUGCAGUGACGGUGGUGGAUACAUUUGAGUUGGAUGAGGCGCAACAGGUUCUUACUGCUUUCCGAAAGACACGGAACAACCAUGAUGGUUUGAUGGCAUCGUUUACAAAGAGGUUCCCGGAGGCUGUGGCGGCACUUCCGCCAAUGGAGGAAGAAGAGGUGGUGGAGGAUACAGCGACAUUUGCCGCGUCCACCGCUGCCAGCGCGCAGGAAAAAGAGAAUGAAGUUGAGGGAGAGGGCGUCGGUGUUGUUGGCGCGUAA